CGGACUGAGCAAACUUACGUCAACCUUCGUUAUGGCUGCUCGCGUCUGUUUCGGACACGGCCAGCGCGCGGUGGCUGGACUGGGGACAGUGACCCGCGCUAGCCACAGCUCUGCGCCUCGAGCCGAGUAUGACGCGGUGAUCAUCGGCGGAGGACACAACGGACUGGUGGCUUCUGCGUACCUGCAGAAGGGCGGUCUGAAGACAGCGGUUCUGGAGCGGAGACAUGUGCUGGGCGGAGCCGCCGUAACCGAGGAGCUUUUCCCCGGAUUCCACUUCUCCAGAGCCUCAUACCUGCUCAGUCUGUUAAGGCCACACAUCUACCGGGACCUGGAGUUAGAGAAGCAUGGGUUACGGGUGUUCAUGCGUGACCCCCACGCCUUCACGCCCAUGCUGGAGGAGGGGGUGGGAGGCAAACCCCCCCGCUCUCUUCUGCUCGGUGCUGACAUCACCAAGAACCAGGAAGAGAUCUCCAAGUUCAGCAAGAGGGAUGCUCAGGAGUACCUGGCGUUCCUGCAGCACCUGGAGAAGCUGGCGUGUGCGGUGCACCCCAUACUGGACGCUCCACCAGUGGACGUGCCUCGUGCCACCGAGGGGUCGCUAUGGAGACGCCUGACCGCCCUCAAGUCUCUAAAGCCGCUCAUACGCAGUGGGCUGAAACUGGGGAAGAACAUUCCAGACUUCUAUGAACUUGUUACUGCCCCCAUAAUGAAGGUGCUGAACCGCUGGUUUGAGUCAGAGCCUUUGCGAGCGACGUUAGCCACAGACUCCGUGAUCGGAGCCAUGACCAGCCCUAGCACACCAGGCAGCGGAUAUGUGCUGCUGCAUCAUGUGAUGGGGGAGCUGGAGAAGGAGAAGGGGGCGUGGGGUUAUGUGCAGGGCGGCAUGGGGGGCGUGUCCAAAGCCAUCGCUAGCUCGGCCCGUGCCUUGGGAGCCGAUAUCUUCACUGAGCAAAGUGUUGAUAAGGUUCUAGUGGGAUCCGAUGGCCGAGCCCAGGGUGUGGUUCUGCAGGACGGAACCGAGGUCCGCAGUAAAGUGGUGCUGUCCAAUGCUACGCCGUACGUCACCUUCACCCAACUCACUCCAAAGGAGUGUCUAUCUUCAGAAUUUCUCAGAGCUGUAAAUCAGAUCGACUACACGUCCCCCGUCACCAAAAUCAAUGUGGCUGUUGACCGACUACCAAAUUUCCUGGCGGCGCCGAACACGGCGGAGGGAGUGGCGGGCCCCCACCACCAGUGCUCCAUCCACCUCAACUGUGAGAGUGUGGACGUGCUGGAGGAAGCCUACAGGGAGUGUCAGCAGGGACGCCCUUCAUCCAGGCCCAUGCUGGAGAUGACCAUCCCCUCGGUGCUGGACAGCUCUCUGGCGCCCCCCGGCUGUCACGUGGUGUCGCUCUUCACCCAGUUCACCCCCUUCACCCUGGAGGGCGGGCGGCCAUGGAGCGAGCAGGACAGACAGGACUACGCCAACAACGUGUUUGACUGGGUGGAGAAGUACGCGCCAGGCUUCAAGAGCUCCAUCGUAGGGACGGAUAUUCUGACACCCCCAGACCUGGAGAGAGUGUUCGGGCUGACAGGGGGGAACAUCUUCCAUGGUGCCAUGUCAUUGGACCAGCUCUACCUGGCGCGACCUUUGCCCUCCAUGGCUGACUACCGCUCUCCAAUCAGGGGCCUGUAUCUGUGUGGCAGCGGCAACCACCCAGGUGGAGGGGUGAUGGGAUCAGCUGGAUGGAAUUCUGCCCUAACUGUCCUGGCUGACAUGAAGAGAGGCUGAGACACUCCGAAAAGCACACACAUACACACACACACACACACACACACACACAAUCUCAAACAUGUGCAGUUCAGAUUGUGUUAAAACUAAAAGUGUGAACAAAAUGUCUGUAAAUCUGUCUUUCUCUUGUGCGCUCAAACACACACACUCCAACACACACACACAUUCAUACACACACACACACACACCUUAUAUGAUUGCGUCCCCAACACCUUACUGCACAGCCUGUUCACGUCUUAAUGAAACUGUGACCUAUAAUCCAAAAUUCUCUCACUUUCUCUCUCUGACACACACACACAAACACCCACACAAACACAACAUCACACACACACACACACACACACACCACUACCCUCCCAGCAUUCAAGACCAAAUGAGCCUUUUUGUGAAAGUUUCUGUAAAAAACCGCACACACACACACACACACACACACACACACACACACACAGAACAUCACGAUACCUCCUAGCAUUCAAGAGCCAAUGUGCCUGUUUGUGAAAGUUUCUGUAGAAACACACACAGAAACACUCAGUACAUCCCUGCUGUGAGUGUGUGAAUCAGCUCCAGUAAAUGAAAAGGCUGUCCUGUCCUGUUUCAUUCUGUGGUCAUUCUGGGAACUGCUUGUCCAAUUUGGCCGUUUGUUAUUUUCUGAAGAAGGAAUUAAAAGAAAUCCUGCAA